CGGCGGUCGAAGGGCCGGUUCCGGCUGAAUGUCAGUGCUGGACUGUGGGCCGGGGGGGAAGGUGGUUGGCAGUCUCUCGAGCACCUCAGCCGCUGCUUCCUCCGCUUGUGCCGCCGCCGCGGGCGCCUGGCCGCUCGGCCGCUUGGGCAUGAGACCGUGAGGCAAGCGACUGGCCGGGGCCGCCGACAUGUUUGGCCGCUCGCGGAGCUGGGUGGGCGGGGGCCAUGGCAAGUCUUCCCGCAAUAUCCACUCCUUGGACCACCUCAAAUAUCUGUACCACGUUUUGACCAAAAACACCACCGUCACAGAACAGAACAGGAACCUGCUGGUGGAGACCAUCCGAUCCAUCACCGAGAUUCUGAUCUGGGGGGAUCAGAAUGACAGCUCUGUAUUUGACUUCUUCCUGGAGAAGAACAUGUUCGUCUUCUUCUUGAACAUCCUGCGGCAGAAGUCAGGCCGCUACGUGUGCGUUCAGCUGCUGCAGACCUUGAACAUCCUCUUCGAGAAUAUCAGUCACGAGACCUCACUUUAUUAUUUGCUCUCUAAUAACUAUGUAAAUUCUAUCAUUGUCCAUAAGUUUGACUUUUCUGAUGAGGAGAUUAUGGCAUAUUAUAUAUCGUUCCUGAAAACGCUUUCGUUAAAACUCAACAACCACACGGUCCAUUUCUUUUACAAUGAGCACACUAAUGACUUCGCCCUGUACACAGAAGCCAUCAAAUUUUUCAAUCACCCCGAAAGUAUGGUUAGAAUUGCUGUAAGAACCAUAACCUUAAACGUCUACAAAGUGGAUAACCAGGCCAUGCUGCACUAUAUCAGAGAUAAAACUGCUGUCCCUUACUUCUCCAAUUUGGUCUGGUUCAUCGGGAGCCAUGUGAUCGAACUUGACAACUGUGUGCAGACGGAUGAGGAGCAUCGGAAUCGGGGGAAGCUGAGUGACCUGGUGGCUGAGCAUCUGGACCACCUGCACUAUCUCAAUGACAUCCUGAUCAUUAACUGCGAGUUCCUCAACGACGUGCUCACAGACCACCUGCUCAACAGGCUCUUCCUGCCGCUCUACGUGUACUCGCUGGAGAACCAGGACAAGGGAGGAGAACGACCGAAAAUCAGCCUGCCGGUUUCUCUCUACCUUCUGUCCCAGGUCUUCCUAAUUAUACAUCACGCACCCCUGGUGAACUCAUUAGCUGAAGUCAUUCUGAACGGCGAUCUGUCUGAGACGUACACUAAGCCCGAACAGGAUGUUCAGAGAAGCUGUGCCAAGCCCAGCAUUCGGUGCUUCAUUAAACCCACCGAGACGCUAGAGCGGUCCCUUGAGAUGAACAAGCACAAGGGCAAGAGGCGGGUGCAAAAGAGACCCAACUACAAAAACGUUGGGGAGGAAGAAGAUGAGGAGAAAGGGCCCGCCGAGGAUGCCCAAGAAGACGCCGAGAAGGCUAAAGGUACAGAGGGUGGUUCAAAAGGCACCAAGACGAGUGGGGAGAGUGAAGAGAUAGAGAUGGUAAUCAUGGAGCGCAGCAAGCUCCCGGAGCUGGCGCCCAGCACCUCGGUGCAGGAGCAGAACACCACGGACGAGGAGAAGAGCGCCGCCACUGGCCUGGACAGCGUCCAGUGGAGCAGACCCUUCCUGGAUAUGGUGUACCAUGCCCUAGACAGCCCAGAUGACGAUUACCACGCGCUCUUCGUGCUCUGCCUCUUGUACGCGAUGUCUCAUAACAAAGGCAUGGAUCCUGAGAAACUCGAGCGGAUCCAGCUGCCGGUGCCCACUGCGGCCGAGAAGACGACCUACAACCACCUACUGGCUGAAAGACUCAUCAGGAUCAUGAACAACGCAGCCCAGCCAGAUGGCAAGAUCCGGUUGGCGACGCUGGAGCUGAGCUGCCUGCUCCUAAAGCAGCAAGUCGUGACCAGCACGGGCUGUGUCAUAAAGGACGUACACCUGGCCUGCCUGGAGGGAGCCCGAGAAGAAAGUGUCCACCUGGUGCGGCAUUUCUAUAAGGGAGAAGAAAUCUUUUUGGACAUGUUUGAAGAUGAGUAUAGGAGCAUGACGAUGAAGCCCAUGAAUGUGGAAUAUCUCAUGAUGGAUGCCUCCAUCCUGCUGCCCCCCACGGGCACGCCGCUGACGGGCAUUGACUUUGUGAAGCGGCUGCCGUGUGGUGACGUGGAGAAGACCCGGCGGGCCAUCCGGGUGUUCUUCAUGCUCCGUUCCCUGUCGCUGCAACUGCGAGGGCAGCCCGAGACCCAGCUGCCGCUGACGCGGGAGGAAGACCUGAUCAAAACGGAUGACGUCCUUGAUCUGAACAACAGCGACCUGAUCGCGUGCACGGUGAUCACCAAGGAUGGAAGCAUGCUCCAGCGGUUCCUGGCUGUUGACAUUUACCAGAUGAGUUUGGUGGAGCCUGACGUGUCCAGGCUGGGCUGGGGAGUGGUCAAGUUCGCAGGCCUUCUGCAGGACAUGCAGGUGACUGGCGUGGAGGACGACAGCCGCGCCCUGAAUAUCACCAUCCACAAGCCUGCAUCCAGCCCCCAUUCCAAGCCCUUCCCCAUCCUGCAGGCCACCUUCGUCUUCUCGGACCACAUCCGCUGCAUCAUCGCCAAGCAGCGCCUGGCCAAGGGCCGCAUCCAGGCGAGACGCAUGAAGAUGCAGAGAAUAGCUGCCCUCCUGGACCUCCCGAUCCAGCCGACAACUGAAGUCCUGGGGUUUGGUCUCAGCUCGUCCUCUACCCAGCACCUGCCUUUCCGCUUCUACGACCAGUGCCGCCGGGGCAGCAGCGACCCCACAGUACAGCGCUCUGUGUUUGCGUCGGUGGACAAGGUGCCAGGCUUCGCCGUGGCCCAGUGCAUGAACCAGCACAGCUCAUCCUCCCUGUCCUCGCCGUCGCCGUCUGCCAGCGGGAGCCCCAGCGGCAGUGGGAGCGCCAGUCACUGCGACUCGGGGGGCGCCCGCUCAUCGUCCAGCCCCUCGGCCGCCCAGAACCCUGCAGGGCCAUCCUGUGGGGCGGCUGGCGCUUCCCUCUCCACUGAGGAGCCAGCUGUUGACCCCUGGAAGGAGAGAGCAUUGGUGCCCACGGACUGGGGUGGCAGAUCUCAGGAGGACCACCAGUCACUUCCUCUCAAUGCCAGACUUGCAGGCCGGCCUUCAGCCACCGGGUGCACCCAGAGGACACCACGCGGGGUUUCCGUGUUCCCUGUAGGGCAGGUCUACCCAGACGGUGCCAGCGUCUGCCUGUCCUACCGACCCAUGCUGGGUGGAAGAAGAGAGGCAGGUUUUUGUCGGGACAGGUGCCUGGUUGACGUCAGCCCAGGGUGGUGGCCCAGUGUUCAGGCGUCUGAUUUGGAAGCCACCAGACUUUCCACCGCAUGGCCUGGCCACCACCUGCCAGAGGCAGCAUCCUUGGAGGGCCAGCCGGGGCCGCAGGAUGGGCCAGGGCCUCUCCUCCACAGCCCACCCAGCCUGGAUGGCAAACAGCUGCAGCCCAGCCACGGAGCCACUUGUCCUCAACGUGGUUUUGGAGGACACGGUGCAGAAUCAGAAGCAUUCCUGACCCUGUGUUUCCAGAGCUUCCCGGAGUCCAGGAAGUUCUUAGAGUGGAGAGCAGCCACCAGGCCCUUUGCAGCCGGGAUUAGCAAACUCCAGGGGCUUUUUUGCUCUUGAAGCCACGCUUUGCACGUCAGGGUUUGGUCAGGAAAGCACCUGAGAGAUACCAUCUACCAGGGCAUGAGACAGGCCCAGUUUUCCAUGUCUCUGCUCCAUUGGGUCGAAACCUGGAAUCGCACAGGGAUACCCGUAAAAGCCAGGGGCAACCCUCUCACUCUCAGCCAUUGAUGUGCCCUGCCCCCUGCCACCCCGCCCAGCCCUCUGGGUGUGCACCCACCACGGGGCGUCCCAGUAGGCACUGCUCCCAAAACCCACGUGUCAGGCACGGUGCUCACAAAUACGUUACAGACACCCCCUUGUUGCAUCCUACCACCCUCCCGCCUCACACUGUGCUGUUGAAAACACGGGGGCUUGGAGAGGUCACACAGCUUGGCCAUGCGCUGCAGCUGGUAGCAGGGGGGCCCAGAUAGGGACCCAGCCUUGGCAACCCAGAGCCCUACUCCGCCUCCUGAGACAGCCCAGCGGAGCAUCGCUUCGGUUCCUAAGUCUGUCCCAGGUGCCUCCAUGGGGCGUCCCUGAGACCUGGGCCCCGGGUUCCGAUCGCGGUUGGGGGCCGCCUAUGAAGGGCGCACAUCUCUCCUCCCCACACGACGGUUGCUCUAGAGCCAGAUGAAGAGCCUCAGCCCAUUCACAGAGGCCCAGGUGGCUGUGCAGCCCCAGCCGGCGAAAGCAGGGCUAUGCAGCUCCGGGUGGGGGGAAGCCCAGUGGUCCCCAAAUCGGCAGCAAAAUGGACCCCAGACGGCCACCUCUGCCAGUCCAGAUGGGUUCACCCCCAGAUAAGGGUGUGAAACUGUUCUGAUGCUCGGUUGUGUUUUCCGCCCCCGCCCUCUGUCCAGCCCAGGGGACCUUAGCGUUCCCUGCCUGGGGUUGAAAGAGGCCCACGCUUAUCCCUAAUACAGAUUUCCUCAGCUUCCCAUGGGGCCUCCAGUCUGAGCGCCUCAGGCCUUGUGGACACCAGGCCUGAUCUCAGAAGGGUCCCUCUGAGCGUGGCCCUCCACCUGCCAGCCCCGACACCCCACCUAAGAGGCUGUUCUCUCUGCCUCUUACUACCUCGGCCUUGGUACCCCACGCCACCCGCUACUAUGCACAUGUCCUGGGCCCAGAGGGUAGCAAAGCAUGGAAGGCACAGGCUGGCAGGGGAGGACCACACAGAUAAGUGUCCAGUUAUAAGCUGUGAACUGGAGGCUGCGGGCGGGGCCAGAGACUCCCAGAGAAGGUGUCACUGGAGGUGAAAACCCGAGGAUGAGUGGGUGACUGGGCCAGGGCUCCCUGAAGAAGGUGGCCUUUGGGUGUCACACAAUCCACCGAGGCCCAGCCCGGAAACUGCCUGGUGACAAGUUGAUUCCUUUUCCCUAUCGUUCUGGGAUCUACCUAUCAAUUCCACUCUUCCACAUACAGACCCAGGGGGCGGUCUGUGUCUGAGAAACAGCCCCUAUGCCCAUCAGGGCCGAGGCCCAAGUGCCGGCUGCAGGCGCAGCGCAGGCAGAGGGACCGUCACCAGAAGGGGGAAGCGACACCGCCUAGAGGUGCCACCGCGUUGCCAGUCGCCCAGAGACACCCUCUGCGCUGCUUCUGAGUCUCCUUCACACACCAGAGGCACAUGGUAGACCCUUGUGAGUGGCUUCUCAGCAAGUACAGGCCCUCAAAUCGGGGCCAAGAGACACCCCAGACAGAAAGGUCAAAACUGAAUUCUGUGGUAACCAAAGGAACCAACCAGAAGGAGUUGGGGGCAAGGGUAUUUUAUUUUCAUUGUUGAUUAUUUACCUGUUAAAGCUGUGCCCAACAGGGUUUACCGUCUGGUUUUAACACCUGAUGCACGAGUCCACCUGUUCCCAUUGUCCUUUAAAGACAGUGCCCCGAAAUCCUCUAGUCUUUCCCGGGAGGGCUGGGCGCCCCACACUGUGGAAAAGUCCAGGAACCUCUUGCCUGCUCAUCCGGCAUAGCCGCCUCGUGGGCCUCGGCUUGUUCCCCAGGGAGAAAAUUACGGGGUUGGAAUCGGCAUUUUUCUUUCCUUAAACAUUUUAUGGUUUUGAGAAGCUGAAAUUGCAGAAAACAUAUGGCGGGAAAGAGAAAAUAGAUCCAAUUUUAGAACCAAAUGUAGGAUCAGUAGGAAUACUUUAGAAACAUCUUCUGGGUUAUGCCUGUACACGCGCGCACGCGCGCACACACACAUGCACACACGCACACACACACACACACACAGCGUGGGAUUCUAGUAAGAAAGCCGUCUCCUCAGCUAAGAGCUCCGUGACCUACACCAAGUUCCUCAAACAGCCACUCUGCCUCCAAUCUCCAAUCUGUUGCGUUUCACAGGUGUUCUGGGUGAGCCACUUCGAGGAGGAUGACAGAAAAUCGUUUGUUAAAAAAUGAAGUCAGAGGCUUCCCUGGUGGCGCAGUGGUUGAGAGUCUGCCUGCCGAUGCAGGGGACACGGGUUUGUGCCCCGGUCUGGGAAGAUCCCACAUGCCGCGGAGCGGCUAGGCCCAUGAGCCAUGGCCGCUGAGCCUGCGCUUCCGGAGCCUGUGCUCCGCAACGGGAGAGGCCACAGCAGUGAGAGGCCCGCGUACCACAAAAAAAAAAAAAAAAAAUGAAGUCAGACUGAAGGCCAGGCUGCUCUUUCCAGCAUCCAUUUUCAGACCCAGGGAGUUCUGAGCUGGGGCCACUCUGACUCUCCCCUAAGGGUUUAUAGAAAGAAGGAAGAGCUUGGUUCCUGGUGGCCCCUGUGCUGGGAGCCUGACACGGGCCUUCCCUCCCCCAUCCUCACCUGCUCCCUGAGACGGUUGUCUGAAAGUACGACCUUCACCCCAGAGCACCAUCCCAUUUGGGCCAACUGAGCACCAGACAGCCCAGGACCGACCUGCGUGUUACUGAACCCAGGCACCGUGGUCAGGUGGGACUUUUAAGGACAAAACCCCAAGCCAAACGUGUUCUCUUUUCUCACCAGUUUUAUCCAUGACGUUAAUUUUUUUUAUUGCGGUAAAAUACACGUAACAUCAAAUGUGCCAUUUUAACCAUUUUUCAGCCUACAGUUCAGUCCAUUCGCCUUGCUGUGCUCCGUGGCACUCAUCUUAAGCUCUGCCGUAAUCCCUAUUGUGUCUCAGAGGUGGUGGUUCCUCCCCAGGGAGAUGCUCCUAACGUUUUUGUUGCAGCUGCUUGGCAUCUGCCCUCAGAUCUUGCUGCUGUGGUUCAGUCUUGGUUUCAAAGGUGCGGAUCACCAGAGUGUGGCCGGGAGAGCGUCACCUCGUGGCUGGGGAGGGGGUGACUAGGGAGGGGGUCACGGGAGGCUCUCCCAGAGCCGCACUGGUGGCUUCGGUGGCUGCCACUGAGAGCCCUCGGCCUCAUCAGUUGGGGUCAGAAAUCUACUUGUUUCCCUAACUGCUUUGGCUCCGAUCCCCCAACCACACACCCUUCCCUCCUCAGACUGGCCCAUGGAUGCAGGGUUUUCAUCUUCACCGACAGGCAGUUCUGUUCCUCCGCCCCCGAGGGUGCUCACCGAGACCAAGUGUCGCCGCUGACCCCAAGAAUUUCCUUCCCGACAGGACUGACCUCCGCCGUCUUUACCCGUCUUUGAGUCCCACAAGCGGAUGAUCUGGUUCUUAGCUGUCCCAACACCGCCUCAUCGUGGGGGGCGGAAUGGGGGUGUCCCACCUGCAUGGGGGCAGCGUCACCAGCACCCGCUGGGUCAGGCCCCCCUGCCUCACGCUCUCGUCGAUGCUUCGCGUCCAUCGCUACUCUGUGUCCCCUCUCCGUGUCACCUUCUCCGUCCCGUUGUUAAAGGCUUUCUAUGAUCUGUCGCUGUGUUUCCCUCUAGUCAGGAGUGGCAGGAAAGGACGCCGGCGAGUGUUCAGCCUGUCGGAGGCCGACAGUCACGGCGGCCACUGGGUUUAGUGCUUCGAUCGGCAGCUGUCACGGCACCUCUGGCACGGUCACUGCAGGCAGGUCUCCUCCGGUAGCCUCCUCGGCCCGCGACGCCCCUGCACGCUGCAUUUCCACACCAGCAGGCUCCCAGGACGCCAGGCGAGGGCACGGGGAGCCCGGGCCACCAACCCGAGCCAUUUCCUCAGCUCCAGUCCCUUUCUGGCCUCAUCCCGCCUGAGGACCGAACCCCCGGCCCUUCACCCCUGUGUCAGCUCCUCCGAGGCAGCCUUGGGCAGCCUGGAAGCGCUGUCCUCCGCACCAGGCUCGGUGCAGGCCCUGAGCUAGGGGGGUUCUCCAGCCCCAUCCCCACAGGGCCCCCCCAGUUUAGGCCACAAGGGUUGGGCAUUAGAAUUUGCAAAAAGCCACAAAGAAGUCAACUAGUUGCUUUUUUUCUUUUCCUUUUCCCUUUAUCCCCCAGCCUUGCUCGAAGCUAAGUGGUAGAUUCCAUCACGUUCCAGCCAGAGGCCAAGUCAUUUCACUUGUAAGCGCACUGGCAGAUGUGACUCCAUCAGCUCCCCUUCUUGCGUUUAGAGCUCCAAAUAGUGGCCGCGGGUGGGCCGUGGUCACUGCUACCCUCCCGCGAUGCUUCUCGUAAGGUUUCCCACCUGUGCCCUCCCGCUGGGCAGCUGCACUUGCCAGGCAGGAGCCUUUGCCUUCUCUUGUGUUUAAAAGCUGCUUCCUCUGAGCUUUACCCUCCAACUUGCUGUGCUGCACUGUCCUUUUCUUCCCCAUGUCACUCAGUCCCACCUCCCCUGGCCUGAGUACAUCCAAUCCUCAUUUUUAUUGGAAACUGUCACUCGCUCGCCAGGGGUCAGCUGAGCCCCUGCCCUAGAGCCACAAAUCAGCUUCCGAGGGUGCCGGCCAGGGACUCAGGGGACCCGCUGCCUUGGUGUCAACUUGAGGCAGCACCAUGGGGAGGCCGAGCACCCCUCACGGGAACCUGGACGUUGGGCUUUCCCGCUCCAGCCUCCACUCGUUUCCUGGGUCAGGCCCCAACCUGUGCCCUCAGAGCUCGGAAACACCAGCAGGUGAGCGAGGCCAGAGGGUCGGCGGUGGCCGCUGUGGGUUGACCAUACACUGACCAUAAACUGUGUCCUCGCUAGGUAAUUUCCCCCCCGUGAGAACUUGGCAGAGUUCUUGGUUUUUUUCUGCCUCUUGAAUGCACAAAUUUGUAGCUAACAUUCAGGAAGCAGUUCUUGGUUUAAAAAUAGGUAGGUAGGGGGCUUCCCUGGUGGCGCAGUGGGUAAGAAUCCACCUGCAGGGGACACGGGUUCCAGCCCUGGUCCGGGAAGAUCCCACAUGCCGCGGAGCAGCUAAGCCCGUGCACCACAACUACUGAGCCUGCACUCUAGAGCCCGUGCUCCGCAAUAGGAGACAACACCAUAAUGAGAAGUCUGCACACUGCAACAAAGAGUAGACCCUGCUCGCCACAACUAGGGAAAGCCCCCGCGCAGUAACGAUGACCCAACACAGCCAAAAAUAAAAAAAUUUUAAUAGGUAGGUAGGUAGAUAGAUAGGUAGAAAGAACAGUGUUGUAGGUGAUGGGUAAGAGGAGGUUAUUUUUCCUAUUUAAAAAAAAAAAAUAGGAAGAGUCUUUUUCAGGGGAAAAACCAACCCUUUUAAUAAAAUUGUUGGUUCUCUUCCUAAAGAAGGAACCAGUUUUGUGUGUGUGGCACCGUUCGCUGGUUUAUUUGUUUUCUAAUAUAUUUGAUAGCAACUUUCCCACACACUUGAUCAUUCUUAUCACCAGAAACCCCAUUAGGGAUCAGGGGAAGAGGUUUGUCAGCCCUUUUGAGUAUCUGCGUGCAAAUGCAGACCUGAGCAAAGAGGGAAUUCUCACAGAGAAGUCUGGAGAAAACGUGAAAGAAAUGCUCUGAAGCUCUGUCUCCAGGUGGCACAAAAGUGCCCUUGGAGAAUCAGUCAUUUCUAAACUGCCUCGUCAGCAGCUAAGUUGACACGUGGGUCCUUAUGUACGUAAGUUCCUGGACACGCUUGUUUAAAGCAAGGUGAGCCUGUACUCAGAGCCCCACGUUCAGAUUGCGAUGGGUCACAACCUGAGCCCAGGCCUUGAAACCAGCCCGUCACCACAAGGCGUCCUGAGUGGAGCAAAUUCAUUGAAAUUCAGAGAAACCAGAAAGUGUGUGGGGUGUUUACUCAGCAUUUGUGGGCUGAGAUCACACCUCAAAUCAUUUUUUCCACUAGUGCUCAUCCAUGUCCCACUGCCACCCUCUCAGAGCGAGGACAGACCCAAAGCCCCAUGCAGUGGUUUUCUCUGGGCCUUAUUUCUCUUUUAAAAAAAAAGAAAGAAAGAAGAAAAAAGGCCUUGUGAAGAAGUGACCUGGGGCCUUUCUGAGCUCACCGUGCCCGGGAGUCCUGUGGGAAGCUACGACAUGUCCUUUGGGAGACUUGAUCUGUUGCUUGAGUUUCCUCUCCACGCUGGGGAUCCUCUUCUCUCCUUCCUCCCAUUCUGUAUGCCCUUCGGUUUUAUUUUGCUCUUGGUUUUUCCAUUCUUUUGCUCUGUGUUCAAUUUGCGGUUCUGUUUUGUUUUGGCUUAACUUAAGAAAAAACAAAAAAAAUACAACUGACUUAAGUGGAAUCACAUUGAAGCAAAAAAUGUCUGCCAUCAUCCCAGGGCCCAGAGUGCUUUCAGAUUCAUUGUCCACACAGUGUCCUCAGCGCCUUUUUGGCCCCAAGAUCUGUAACAGAGGAGACUUGCUUUCCAAGCGAGAUGCCCACGGCCUUCGUACCCAUGUUUUCAAAUCACUGGCACAUGAAGUCCUGGAAGUUGUUUCCCACGAGGAAUCCCAGUGGCAGCUGGUAUCUCUGUCCAAGCCAGCUCGUCUUUGGAAAGCAAAUAGGCCACUUGUCUGUAAUCUAAUCACAGAUUUUGAAAAGCACCAAAAAAUGAAAUUGCUGCUCCUAAAAUAACUGCAUUGGGCCACUCCUCCCUUGUGACAUGGUUUCUCUCCGUGGCCCCUGGGGGAGACCCUCGGGAUAAGAAUGGCCUGAGCGAUCACAGCCCCUUUCUGGGUGCUAACUCAGCACUUAGAGGAGGACCAGGUGACAAAACCACAGUCCGAGGUUUUGUUUUAGCUUUGCAAAGCUGAAAAAUUGUAUAGAAUUCCUUUUUUUUUUUUUUUUUUAAUACUGCAGUGAGUUCCCUCUUGGGGAAAUGUUACCAAAUAUAGACUCUGGGCAUGGCCUGAGGUGAUAAGCACACCCAAGCCUGUUCUCUACCUAAAUGCAUGUUUAUCAUCAGGGAGGUGGUUCACACACAGAGCCUGUCUGGGCUGUUUCCUGGCACCAGGAACUGGGCUUCUGGAACCCACUCAUUGGUUCUGCACAAGCCCCUAAUGUGUCCCUUGCAUCACAAGUCAGAGUAACCAUGGGCCCUGACAGGUUUCCCCCAGGCCUAGGUAGGGCUGGAUUUGCCAGCUUCUGUGUCCCCAGGAGGAAGUGGAGACAAGCUAUUCCCCCAGCACAUCAUCCCCCAACCAGACCUCCCUGGGCCUUUGUUCAGCGGGGGAACGGGGUGCCAGCGUGAGCAGAGCAUCUCAGAGCUGAGCAUACCUUUGUUUUUUCUCCCGCCCCCACCCCCCACCCAGAUGACCCCAUGACUAUGGAGCAGCCUCAGCCUAACCUUCCCGACCAGUUGGUGAUCAUCGGUGAAACAGAAGCAGAGGCCAGGCCCAGCAAGAGCCUGGCGAGGAGCGCGGAUGUGGAGACAGUCAACCUGUGCCCCAGCCUCA